AUGCUGGCCCUCCUCCAGUUAGUCGUGGACUACCUGGCCCCUCUCUUUUUGGUGUUAUCGCCGAUCACAUCCUACGCCGACCAAAUCGCCUCGAUACACAGGAAAAAGACGAGCGAUGGGUUCUCGCUGGAUAUACCCUUGAUCAUGUUGGUGGCAUCGAUAUUGAAAGUGUUCUACUGGUUCGGCGCGUACUAUGACAAAUCGCUCCUGGCGCAGGCGUGCCUCAUGAUCCUCGUGCAACUUGUACUGCUGAAAGUGGCGCUCGACAACACAGCGGCCGCUGGAGAAAAAGGCGGCGUGGGCCAUCAGCCGUUCCAGGGCUAUGCGCACAACAGCCCCGGGCACAAGGGCAUGCUAUGGAACUUCAUGAUGGAAGGGAGGCGGCCCUUUGGGUUUUGGCAGUGGAGUGCGACCAGACCAUACUUCAUCUUCCUCGGAUACUUCGCCGGCACACUCCUCUUCAUCCACGUCUUCCUGCCCUUCCUGUCCCGGACGCCCUUCUACAUCACCCUUCUCGGCUACGUGGGUCUUGCCAUCGAAGCCAUUCUGCCCGUCCCGCAGAUCCUCAAGAAUCACCGUGCUCGCUCUUGCAAGGGGUUUCGCCUCUCAGUAAUAAUCAACUGGCUGGCCGGAGAUGCCAUGAAGAUGAGUUACUUUUUCUUGAGCAAGGAGUUUGUGCCCUGGCCGUUUCGCCUGUGUGGGAUCUUCCAAGCCUGCUGCGACUCUUACUUGGGCGUGCAGUUUUGGAUGUAUGGGCACGGCCCUGUGGGGAUGCGGGAGGACAUGGAUGUGAGUAUGGCGAACGUGGGAGCGGGGAGUAUGGGCAAGGCGGGCUUCCCUGGCUGA